UGAUAGAAAAUGAUAUUAUAUGUAGUUCAUAGGCAUAAUUUAUACCUCUAGAUUUUUAUUGUCGGCCCCCAGAUAUCCUGGGGCCCUAAGCGGCCACUUACCUUGCUUAUUGAUUAAAUAACAUAAAGUUAUUUGCAAUUCUCCGUCCUUCAAGAUUAGUUUGUUUAACUUUUUCCAUUACACCAAAUCCAAACAUUUACCCAUCAAUUAUUCAAAACGUCUUCUCGGGUUACUUAUAUUCUCUUGUACGCCAAAAACAAGCCCCAACAAAUCAAACACUCUCUUACCCACAGCUGCACAUCUCACAGAUACAAAGGCGUGUCAUUUUCAUCGGUUUAUUGACGAUUAUUAUGAAUGUUUCUUCAACUCACACACUCGCUGCCCGUCUGUAGCAUUCCGUUUCCACGCAACCGCUGUCAGAUGCGUCCUGGUGACGACGCUGCGUAACGUACUACGUAUGACGCAUGCGACGAGCCGCACGUUUGCGCUUCCUGGACUGGAGGGAACAUAAAGCAACAAUGGGUCACACGAGUUUGGAGAAGAUAAUUGCACUGCAAAAGAAAACGGCACACAUUAGGAAUCUGUGUAUUCUUGCUCAUGUAGAUCAUGGGAAGACGACGUUAGCAGACUGUCUGGUGGCCAGUAAUGGUAUUAUAUCCAGUCGUUUAGCAGGAAAGCUGAGAUAUCUGGACAGCAGGGAGGAUGAGCAGAUCAGAGGAAUCACCAUGAAGUCCAGCGCUAUUUCAUUACAUUUCGCAACAGGAGGAGUGGAGUUCCUCAUUAAUCUGAUCGACUCUCCCGGUCAUGUGGACUUCUCCUCUGAGGUGUCCACCGCUGUCAGAUUAUGUGACGGGGCCAUUGUUGUGGUCGAUGCUGUGGAGGGAGUGUGUCCGCAGACGCAAGUUGUUUUACGACAAGCUUGGUUGGAGAAUAUCCGCCCUGUUCUUGUCAUCAACAAAAUCGACCGGCUGAUUGUGGAGCUAAAACUCACUUCACAGGAGGCGUACGUUCACCUGCAGAAAAUACUAGAACAG